AUGCAAUUUAUUUAUGUUUUACCUGGGAGGGAAGGUUCUGCAGCUGAUGGUAGAAUACUCAGAGAUGCCAUUAGUAGAAGAAAUGGUUUAAAUGCUCCACAAGGGUGUUAUUACUUAUGUGAUGCUGGAUACACGAAUGGAGAGGGAUUUCUUGCACCAUAUAGAGGUCAAAGAUACCACUUGAAUGAUUGGAGAGAAGGACAUCAACCUACCACCCCUCAAGAAUAUUUCAACAUGAAACAUUAUCAAGCUAGGAAUUGCAUUGAGAGAUGCUUCGGCAUAUUGAAAGCGAGAUGGGCAAUUUUAAGGGGAAAACCAUUUUAUCCAGUGAAAACACAAUGUAGACUCAUUUCAGCUUGUUGUCUUCUCCAUAAUUUCAUAAGAUCUGAGAUGCCAAUCGAUCCUAUUGAAUCUGACUAUACUGAAGAUAGUAGUCAUGUUGAAGAGAUUAAUGAAGUAGAAAUGAUCAGACAUUGUGAGCCAAGUAGUGCUUGGACUGAGUGGAGAGACAAAUUAGCAGAAGAUAUGUUUACUAAUUGUUUCGAAGAGAAAUAUGUCAACAUCAAAUAUGAAAUCUCAAAGGGGGAAAAACCACCGACAUCUAGAAAGGUUAAGUCUUUAGUAACUAAAAGGACAUGGACUAAAGAGGAGGAUGAUGCACUUGUUGAAUGUUUACACAUUUUGGCUGAAGACCCACAUUGGAAAGCUGAUAAUGGAACAUUUAGAUCAGGUUAUCUAUCUAAUCUUGAAAAGAUGUUAGAAAUCAAACUUCCAACAUCACAAAUUAGGGCCCACACACAUAUUGAAUCUAGAGUGAAGCUACUCAAAAGAAAAUACAAUGCUUUAUCUGAAAUGCUGAAUAUUGGAAGUGGAUUCGGUUGGAAUGAAGAAGAAAAAUGUUUAACUACACCAAAGGAUGUGUUUGAUGAUUGGGUUAGAAGUCAUCCAACUACUACUGGAUUGAGAAACAAGUCAUUUCCAUUCUUUGAUGACCUUGUUCAUAUAUUUGGAAAAGAAAGAGCUACAAGAAUAGCAGCAGCUGAUGCAGUGGAACAUAUUGAUGUUGAAGACAAUGCAUUUAUAGAUGCAUUACUUGAAGAAGAGGAAGUAAGAGAUUCUGAAUCAAGAGAGGAUGUUGGUGCUUCAACUUGCCAAACAUCUGAUGCUACUGCCUCUACCCCUACAAUGAAAAAAGUAGCUAGCAAGAAAAGGUCUCGAAGUGAUGAUGGGUUAACCGAGCUUGUACAGGAGAUAAGUAAGUUCGGUGCUACAUACCGAGAAACUGCCAAAGAAAUUAAGGAUAUUACUGCUUUAUUGAAAAAAGAGACAGAAGGAAAUGAUCGAAGAAUGUCGAUUUUCACUGAAAUCAUGAAAAUUGAAGGACUGUCCACUGAUGAAAUGCUUACUGCAGGAGAGUAUAUGAGCAAAGAUGCGCACAAGAGCAGCGUACUGGAUCAGCCACUGAAAUUGUCUAUAAAAAUCAGCAUAUCUAUCAGUUCUUACGCCUUACGUGUUCAUGAGGAGAUUUCUGAAAGCUGCUCAAUCAAACAAGAAGCUUGA